ACCUCAUAAAAGCGCCGGGCUCAGGACGCCAGACAGAGCCCGGGCUGAGCACACACGGAGACGCACAGAAAUGGCACCGACCACCCGAGUCCAGGCUGCUUGCCUCUGCUUCCUCCUGCUCUCUAGUUGGGUUUGCUGUUCUGUUCUCCCAAGCAAGACACAAGACCUCGUGGAGACUCCCUUCCAGGAAGCGGCUCCAGCGGCUCACAAUGGCUUGACGCCCCUGCUUCAGAGGACAAAGAGGUUCAACUCUCACUUUCCCAUCUGCUCCUUCUGCUGUAAUUGCUGUCACAACACAAACUGUGGCAUCUGCUGCCGGGUAUGACCUGAGCCCAUCAUCUCCUCUCAGGCUCCCCUGCCCCCUUCGCUGUCUAAUUUAUUCCCUCCCCUCGCCCCUUCCUGUGGUGAUUGUCUCUAAAUAAAACGGAACGCUUUCUCUGGAAA